AUACAUCUGUACACGAGUGUGUGUCUUCCUGUCUGUCAUUAUGUUGUGAUUCAGGGUCUCCACACAUUGUGAGCAUGGCCGAGCUCCUCGGAGCUGCCUGCUCAUGUCGAACUUUAUUGCAGCCUGCAGUGGGCUUCUCUCUUCCUCCCCCCUCCUCUGCCUCACACUGUGGAGUUGAGGGGGUUGACCAAUUGCCAGCAGCUGUUGCUUAUUUCACAAUGGUCCCGCCCAUACAGUGCUGAGGCUGGCAGUGCAGCCGCUCCACACUAGAUGAGCGGCGGAGCUCCCAACUUAGAGGACUGUGUCUACACUACAGCCGGCAUGAAGGACAGACAGAGAGCACAGGACACAGAGGAUUUUGUACCGUGUUGCUGAGAGAAGCCCACAGUGGAGCCCAGAUCCUGCUGCGGGCUAAUUAAAUCCCCACCAUCACAACGCUCCGUCUUCCCUCCCCUGCUUCACCAACACAGACAGAAGCUGUCCUGAGCAGGACAACAUCCUCGCCUGCCUCCAUCCUCUGCCUCCUCAUGUCCCUGCAGGUGGAGCGGAGGGCAGGGCGAGCACACACAGCCCACCAGCUGCAGCCAUACGCUCCUUGAUGGGGAUGGCGGUCCAGAGGAGGCUGGUGUUUGCCGUGGUGACCGCCUUCUCCCUGCUGUGUGUUUACAUCCUGUGUGUGAACCUGGAGACGCGUCUGCCCUGGUCCCCAAUGCCUCUGAAGCAUUUCCAUGGCUUCAUACGGACAACAUACAGCGGCUCACAGGACUCUCAGGAGCCUCUUGACAGAAAGAGCAACAGUGGCCAGUGGACCCGUCUGCCCCCUGCCUCCAACUUUUCCCCGGAGCUGCAUCAACACACACACACUCCAACUGUAAAGACUCAAACUCCCACAGCCGUUAAACACAAACCAGCAGAGAACAGCAUCCUGCAGCUCUCAAAGUCCAGUUCAAGGUCUGAUGGUGCGGAUAAAACCAGUACCAGGACCAGUACCAAAGGCCCCACACUGCAGCGCCAGCAGCCCACACAGGCAGCCAGACCAACAGAGCCUCCGUUCAUCGGAGACACUUACAUGAGUGAAGAUAUCCCUCCACAAACAGACUGCCCGGACAGUAUCCGCAGUCGGGUCACAAAAACAGAAUUUGGAGGACGAUUUCUGAAACACAUUCCAGUCCUGCAGUGGGCCCAACACGCCACUUAUGAACAUCACCAGCGUCUGAGCCAGUACCCAGGAGCCCACGGCUGGGGAGGGAUCGAUUUCAAGACGCUGGUGGAAACUCUGUCGGUCCUCAACUCCUCUGCUAACUGGAGGAUGUUGGACGACUGGAAGGAUCGCAGCAAUAAAUCAGACUGUACCCACUGUGCUGUGGUGGGGAACGGUGGCAUACUGAAGGAUUCAAAGAAAGGGAAGGAGAUCGACAGUCAUCAUUACGUCUUCAGGACUAACGGGGCGAUCAUUAAGGGCUUUGAGGAGGAUGUGGGGUCUCGGACCACCCACUACACAUUCUCCACCAACACACUGAUGAACUCCAUGAGGAGCUACGCCGGCGUCGGGUAUAAGGGACCCCCUCUGUCUAAAGAAACAAGAUACUUUUUCCUGCCUGAUCACGACCGUGAUUACCUGCUGAUGAAGGCAGCAGCGACACACACUCCAGUGGAGAGAGGACCUGAGCGGGGCAAAAAUCCUUCGAAUUACUUUGGAGAGGACGUGUCAGGAGAAAAGCUGAAGAUGUACCAUCCUGACUUCGUCCGUUACCUCAGAAACAGAUUCCUUCGUUCUGAUGCUCUGAAAACCAAAUUUAAGGACAUCUACCGUCCGUCAACAGGAGCUGUGAUGCUGCUGGCUGCUUUGCACACCUGCGACCAGGUGAGCGCGUACGGCUUCAUGACACCAGACUAUAAGAACUACUCUGACCACUACUACGACACCAACUACCGCCCAGUGGGCUUCUUCAUCAACCACGACCUGCGUAUGGAGAUGACCCUGUGGCAGCAGCUGCACCAGGCGGGCCUCAUACGACUCUACAUGCACAAGUGAACGCGUCAUCCUGUCUGCACAUGACGAGUUACCGGCAGGGUCACGACCUUGCCUCCUUUGUCUCAAAAUGACUGUAUGUAUGGAAGCCAAUAAGGGACAUACGUAUUUGAGUUUUAACAACCACUGGACACGCAAUACUGAAAAUUAAACACCACUGAAUUUGUGGCAUUUGAAUAUAUGUCUAUGAAAACCAUGUAUCAGACUUUAUUUGUUCUGAAUUCACCUCUUUAAUUAUGAAUUAAUCAUUAAUUACAUUUCUUGAUUUGCUAUUACAAAAGCUGUAAUUAUUUUUUUAAAAUUCACAAAUUUGAAAUUCAAGUUAAAAAUUUUUAUGGCAAACCAGGACAGGAUAGGCUGGGUAGCCUGGAUGUGACUAUUUGAAUUGCUUUUACUUGAAUUUUUGAUUCUGGAUUUGACGAAUCAAAUUUGACUAUUUUUUUUUUUAAUUUGAAAUUUGUUGACAUGAAUUUUUGGUUCUGAAUUUUAAGAUUCAAAUUUGACUGAUUUUCUUUUUAUAUUUCAAAUUUUUUGACUUUUUAACUUUAGUUUCUGAAUUUGACGAAUCAAAUUUGACUGAUUUUUUUUAAUAGAUUUUUUUCAACUUACUAUUUUAAAUGGACACGACAUAUCAAGAAAUUUCAUAUUUUAAUUUCAAAGAGGUGAUUUCAGGACAAUAAAUUCAGGUUUUCAAAGUAAAAUAUUUCAGUCCUAUGAAUUCAGUGGUGUUUAAAGUUAAAUCAGUGGCUGUUAAAAUUAAAAAAACGUAUGUAGCAGAAAAAGUAGCAGAAGUUUUCUUUUUAUGAAGGAAACAAGGAUUCUUUUUAAUGACAGCUGCUGUGAUU